UACAGCGGUAAACCAAUAUGGCCGCUGUUCUUUGGAAAGAGGCAAGAUGAUCGGAAUCCGUGUUUUUAACCUUUUUUCCCAAAACUACAUGGUUUUCACGAGAUAUGUGUUUACCCUAUCAUACCGUAAGAGCCCAAGAUUCUUCUCAUCGAGUUUUUACUCACGAUUCUCACCUGCGUCAACUGUAGUUACUCGGUUAACGUGCGUUCACAGUCCUAGGAAAUUUGGCAGUUAUCAGUCUUCGGAACAGCCCAAGAAACAAGCAGAGGCUGGAGUUUCUGAUGUAUUGGAUACGCCGCCUCAUCAUUCGCACACCAACACUAUUUUACAAAGACUGCAUGACUUGGAGGAGUCGUUUCGUGUCCGGGGGCACUCCGUAUUAAGAUGGGGUUUAAGUGCCCUGAUCGUGGCAGGAUUUGUUAUUUACAUUUUCCGUGAACCACUCAGAGAAAAUGUCGCGGAUGAAGUAGCAGAUGUAGCGAGCAGAUCUUUAGCUGAUGAAAACGUCAUACAAAAGGCCAAUGAAGUAACAAGAGCGGUCCUGCAAGAUGUUCUUCACGAUCCAGAAAUCACAAAACUGGCGAGUGCCUUUGUGAUGCACGUCUUACACCGAGAUGACGUAAGGGCAGCCGCCAUCCAGUUGACCCAACAUGUACUAAGCGAUCCUUCAACGUUGAAUAAGAUUGCUGAACUAGCAAGGACCACUCUCUCUGAUCUGAUGGCGCAUGAAGAAACUAGAAAACUAAUGCUUAGUUAUGUCAAGGCUCUGAUACUUGACCAGAACACGAAGGACGCAUGUAAAUUACUACUGGCGGAGCUUGUGAAGGAUCCAGACGUCAAAGGUUUUAUGGCGGCUUCACUGGGAGAUCUGGUCACAUCUUCCGUUGUUAAGAGUAGCGCUGCAGAGCUUGGCAAAAGCGUGACCCAUCAAGUUGUUAAUGACGCUGAAAUUCAGCAGGAGACUGGGAACUUUCUGUGGAGAGCGUUGAAGAAAACAUUUACUCCGGGGUGGUUUGGGUAGAGACUACUGUUGAUCCUAGACGUCUGUUGAAAUGUUGUUUUUUGUUUGUUUGUUUGUUUGUUUUCCUAGGCCGUUUCACGCACCGUUGGUUUUUAGCCGCGGAUUCAAAAAAGUGAUCACGUGAUGACGAACAUCUCUUGGCUAAAGUUUGCAGCACAGCUGUGGCAAAUUCCUCAAAAGUAGCAAGUUCGAGGCAAAUCUUGACCAUGCGAUGCAUUUGACAUCGUUCGAACUCUUCUCUGUAACAUAUCUUGAACUGUAUCUUGCUAGAAAGUUUGAACCUCAACAAACUUACAAGCAAACUGUGAAGCAUCUUCCCCGACGGCAGGAGAUUCACUAAUCAC